GGAUCCACAGUUGGAGCCGCACCACAAAAGCAACAACCAUGAGAGUCGUCUUCUUCUUCGUUUUGACGCUGGAAGCAUCUUUUGCGUCCGCGUCUUUACCUCCAGCGCACGUCGGCUUCAGCUCGUCGGUGCGCUCGGUGUGCAAGCCCGUACCGAGCACCCUGUCCCUGUGCCACGGUAUCGGUUACCGGCACAUGAGGCUCCCCAACCUGCUGGGUCACGACUCCUUGCGGGAAGCCCAGCAGCAGUCGGCCGCCUGGCUGCCGCUCAUCUCCAAGCUGUGUCACCGCGACACCAAGAAGUUCCUCUGCUCCUUGUUCGCCCCGGUGUGCGUGCCCGACUACAGCGGCCCGGUGAGUCCCUGCAGGAGCCUCUGCGAGGCCGUGCGGGACCACUGCGUGCCCGUCAUGAGCGCUUUUGGCUUCCCGUGGCCGGAAAUGUUCAACUGCAGCCGCUUCCCCCGCGGGACGCAACUCUGCAUCCCUCCUAGCGGGGACCAGGACGCGCGGACGGCGGAGGAGGUCACCCGCGAGGAGGCGCAUAAAGGAAGUGUCAUUUGUGAUGCCUGCAGUCUGGCGGCCGAGGGGGAGACUGACAUCCAGGACAACUUCUGUCCAAGUCCAUAUGCAUUCAAGAUGCGUCUGGGCAGUGUGUCGACGGUGGGAGGGGACUUCCAGCUGGUGCCUUUGGCCCGAAGCCGCAUCCUGAGAUGGGCAGGGGGAGGUGCCGAGAGGGCGGAGGGAAUCGGAGGUGCGAUGGCCCACAAUGCUUUGUGGCUGCAGGAAGGAGGCACUUGCGCGUGCCCCGGCUUGGACUCGGCAGACAAAAAAGAUCCAUUCGAGGAAGCGGAGCCCGUGGAUAAGAAGCUGAACGUGGCCCAGGGUGGAUGGUACUUGGCCCUGGCUCGGGCGGAGGAGGGAAGGCUGGUGUUGACCCGACUGGUGCGCUGGACUAAAAGUGACAAAGAACUGAAGAAGUUCAUCCGAAGUCUCCUUAAACAACAAUGUGCUGACCUGUAGACUGUGAUUAGCAGCUUGUCCGACUAACAAAAAUCCAAUAAGUAAGCAAAUUAAUCAGCCACUUGCGUUAAUGAAGAUGUGUUAAAAGAUACUGUGGCCCGUGGAUAAUUAAUUGUCCCAAAUACCCUUUAAAAAGGUGCAAACUGCUUAAUUUCCAGAGCCUUUUUUUCUAAUUUAAUGAAAGGACCAUUCCACUCAAUCAAACCAAAAAAAUAGGGCUGUCAAACAGAGAGUUAAACUAACUCAGGUGAUUAAUCACCAAAAAAUUAUCACAUUAAUCCUGAGCACACUUAAAUUAAUCAUGCAAUUUAUUUUGACCGUAUAAGCUUUUUUACCUCAGUGAACACAUCAAUGCAUACAAGAGUACACAAAGACGAGUGAGGAGACUCCAAAAUGCACCCUGAAAGAAUAUUAGCUAAAACUGUUACCAAGUUUUGGGCAAAAAAGGAAAUGCAUUGGAGUAAAAUGUUUAAAAACGUCCCUGGGUGACAUUCUGACAAUAAAAUUGUAAUUGUGUACUUACGGGGGUCUUUUCUUCACCAAAUUUUAAUUAGGCAAGAGAGUAUUACCUGCGAUUAAUAAUGAUUUAAAUUUAAAUCUGACGAUUAAUCUGAUUUUAAAAAAAUUAUCAUUUGACAGCCCUAAUUAUUAUGUUUUUAUGUUAUGUGUUUAAAAA